AUGCAUGUGUAAAGGGAAGCAAAAUCUCAAUCUUUAAAAAAAAAAAUGGAAGGAAAGUUCACAAAUUGGUCAGCUGAAAAUGCAACCAAGGCAUACCUCAAAACUUUAAAAAUGGGUGUUAAGAAGCCUACUGAGCCAGAUGUAUCAGAAUUCAUCUCAGCAAUAGCAGCAGGAAAUGAUGCACAACUUAUGGUUGUAGCAUGUGGUGAGGGCACAAGCCCUACCACACUACUAGCCCUAGUAGCCGCAGCACACCAAACUAGAGGACGCGUAAUUUGUAUAUUUGACUGUCUGAAUAAAUUACAAUCAAUCAAACAAUCACUUAGUCAAGACACGAUAAAUAUUAUCGAAUUUGUCGUAGGAGAUAUUGAAAGGCUAAUCCUCCAAGACUAUAAGGAAGCUGAUUUUGUAUUAAACGAUUGUAAGUUGAAAAAUCACGAAUCGAUACUUGUAGCAAUGCAAUCUUGUAGUGGUAGCAAGUGUAAAGGGGGUAUAGUUUUGGGGUGUAACGCAUUUUGUUCGAACUCAUGGGAAUGGGCCGGCGUGAAGACUCAAUUGUUGCCUAUUGGAGAAGGGUUGUUGGUGACUAAAAUCGCGGGUGCUAAUGAGAAGAGAGAACGAGGUAGAAGUAGUAGUUUUGGAAGAAAGAGUCAUUGGGUUGUUAAAGUAGAUCAAAAUACAGGAGAAGAACAUGUGUUUAGAGUAAGAUGCUCUAAUAAUGGGAAGGAAAUUGAUGAUUAAGUAUGGGAUUAGUUUGUUUAAUUCUGCAGGAAGAACCAUAAGUCUUGUUUUUGUUGCAUUGGUUCAUGGCAUACGUAUAAUUAAUCAAUUGUAGUUGGAUUAGAUUCUUUGCAAAUCAAUGAGUUGUAUAUAUAUAUAUUAUUGUAUGUUCUAAGAGUUAGUAAGUGUGUAAUGUGAUAUUAUUAUGCACACCUUGUUUUCA